AUGGAUUCCAUGAGAUCGUUAAAUACGUCUCUGCCAAGCUCGACCCCGCGCCCACAGCCACCCGAGCAGCUCCUGCAGUCAUUCAAGGCCGCCGCCUUAUCUGUGACCAACCUCUACAAAAAUGCAGUUUUUGAACAGGCCCAAGCUAGGCAGGCUGGCUACCAGGAUGCGUUGGAGGACUUGCUUCAUUUCCUUGAUCGGGAGAACCUAGGCCUUGGCGACGGAGAGGGGUGGAAAGUCCGACAGUGGGCAACCGAGAAGCAUGAUGGAACUGGGUCACAAAGCAGUGACGAGGAGGAGCGCGUUGACUCAGAGAAGCGUGAUCGAAGUGCCACUCCGGCUACUGCCCGCAAAGAGUCUGAACCUUUAUCCCGCCAACCCCCGACCUCCACACCAACCUCUACGCCGACCCCUGCACCUCGCCCUGAAACCACCAUCCCUACCACACAACCACAGGAGAACUUGAUGGGAGCCCCGACAGUAUUCACCUUCACUGCCGGUCCAACCUUUCCCCAGUGCCAGGAUGAUAUGGAUCUGCAAUCCCCGGACAACUCUGCCCCAUCUUCGCAGGACGGGGCGCCCGUCAGCGUUUCCGUGAUGCCUCGAAAUUCCCGUCAACAACACCGCCACAAUAAUCUCAACCGCCCGAACCGGGCGUUCGCCCCACGCGAAUCCCCGAACAGCCUUGGAUCAAACCUUGGGUCGAGUCUUGGAUCGAAGCGGAAAUUCACAGUACCAGAUUUCUUCGACUUGUCUGGGCUAUCGAAUGGCCGGGAUUUAUUUGGAGGAGGCAAACGAGGUCGUUUCACAUAG